AUUUGUUGCCAGGCAACAGCAACUCCGAACGGGUUCCCGCAGUUGGCGGCAAGACUGCAGGAGGAGGCGACGGCAGCAUGUGCGAAGGUCCGUCCCGCAUCUCUGGGCCCAUCCCCCCAGACCCUACGCUCUGUCCCGACUACUACCGGCGGCCGGCCUCGGCCCAAGGACGCCUUGAAGGAAACACACUGAAGCUGGACCUGCUGACCUCGGAUCGUGACCUGGACUCCAGCCCUCUCCGUGUCCCCCGCAUCAGGCCCGGAGCCCGAGAGAUCCUGGAGCGUGGCCAGCGAGGUGUGGGGGACAUGCUGCUGCAACUGGGGGACAUCUCCCUUGGUUCCGGGGUCUCCCCCAAGAGGAAGAACCCAAAAGACCACGAGAAGGAAAACCUGAGGCGGAUCAGAGAGAUUCAGAGGCGCUUUCGAGAGCAGGAACGAAGCCGGGAGCAGGGUCAGCCCAGGCCCCUGAAGGCACUGUGGCGCUCACCCAAGUAUGACAAGGUGGAGUCUCGAGUCAAGGUCCAGAUGCAGGAGCCUGGCCCUACCUCUGUGACAGAGCCUGCCCACUUCCUGCGGGCACACUCCCGCUGUGGCCCUGGGCUUCCACCACCCCGUGUCCCCAGUCCUCAGCUCACCCAACAAGGUCCCAAAGCAAAGGGGCCAGGCCUGGCUGUGGACUUCAUCAGUCACAAUGCCCUUGCUGCCAAGAGGGCCCCCCGGCGCCAUUCCCGCUCACUGCAGGUCCUCGCUCAGGUUCUGGAACAGCAGCGACAAGCCCAGGAGCACUACAAUGCCACACAGAAGGGCCACGUGCCUCAAUAUUUGUUGGAGCGCAGGGAUCUUUGGCGGCGGGAGGCUGAGGCCCGCCAGCAUAGCCAGCCAGAUCCAUCCAUGCCCCCUGGACACACUCGCAUGCCUGAGAACGAGCGGCUGGAGACACUGAACAAUCUGCUCCAGAGCCAGAGCCAAUUGCUGCGUGAACUGGUACUGUUGCCAGCUGGUGCAGACUCUCUGAAAGCCAAAGGCCACCGUGCUGAGCUGGACAGGAAGCUGGUGCAAAUAGAAGAAGCCAUCAAGAUCUUCUCCCGACCCAAAGUCUUUGUUAAGAUGGAUGCCUGAGUCCCUCUGUUGGCACUUUGGCAGGGAGCUCUGUGCUGAGAGUUGUCACACAGCUGCAAAGGUCAGGACUAGGCCCUGUCCUAGAGCAGAGUUCCACAGGCAGGAGCAGGACUGGGCAGCAUCUCUAAAGCACUUUUCCAAAUCACGGGUGGCUGCGGAGUAGCCAUCCCAACCUUUUAACCCUUUGGUCAAAAUUAAACCUUUUGUAUACAG